ACAGAAAAUUAGCUGUACAUUGUAAAACAUGACCGCUAAAAUAAUUUUAGUUCUCGUAGCAUGUUUGUUUGCAACGAUUUCAUCUAUGGAAAUACCCAGUGAAUUAAAGGAGUUUAUUGACGAUUUACACGAUGCUUGCAUAAAGAAGAGUGGAAUAUCUGAUGAUGAUCACACGAAUUAUGACAUUAUGAAUAAGGAUCCAAAUAUGAUGGAAUAUAUGAAAUGUUUAAUGCUGGAUUCAAAAUGGAUGAGUCCUUCUGGAGAAAUUCAAUAUGAUUUCAUAGAGGAAACUGCCCACCCAAAAAUUAAGGAUAUUUUAAUGACUGCAAUGAACAAGUGCAGGGAUAUACCAGAAAGUACCAGUUUGGCCGAAAAGGCUUACAACUUUAACCUUUGUAUGUACAAAGCCGAUCCUUUGAAUUGGUUCUUUGUUUAAAACAUGUCAUCAAAUACUUUCUGAAGACCAUAUUGAAUUAUCCCAAGUUAAAAAAUUUACUUAGAUUGUUAUUUAGUGUUAAAGUAAUAAAUAGAAGCA